AUGAGCAGCGUAAAUGGUGCAGCCACAGCAAGAUUGGCUCGAUUCAGCGGUGUUGAGAGCGAGAAUCGAUAUGAGAAUGUGUGCCAGUCGCAACUGCUUCAGUCUUUGUGGCGGACAUUGACCCGAUAUCUACAGCUUAAGAAAGACCGGGAGGCGGCGAGGGCAAAGGCUAUCAGGGAUGGACUGAUACCUGAUCCAAAUCGUAAGACGCGGUUAGAGGAAGCCUUCAACCUCGUUGGCACAUGUGAAGAUAUGUGCCCAGAAUUUGAACGGGAACAACGAGAGUAUCAGCGUGCAGUCGAUAAAUGGGAACUGAACCCUGUGACGAGAAGGAUUGACCCCAAACGCGCUGUUAAAACGUUCCACCGCCCCGCUGCUGGCGACGAAACACCAUUGCCCUCGGAUGUUCGCCCACCCCAUGUACUAAAAAUGACACUGGACUAUUUGAUCCAUGACCUUUUGGAGUCCAACUCUCUCGAAGCGACACAUCAUUUUCUUCGCGAUCGAACCCGCUCAAUAAGGCAGGAUUUCACGCUACAGCAUGAGAAUGGCCUAAUUGCAAUCGAAUGCCAUGAAAGAAUAGCUCGAUUGCACAUUCUUUCCUUGCAUGAGAUGCGCGGUGUACAAGACUUUACCGAGCACAUGGAGAUGGAACAAUUAAGAAAAGUUUUGCAAUCAAUUGUUGAAUUCUACGACGAUUCCCGCUAUUCCAACACACUCCCGCCAAAUGAACCUGAGUUCCGCGCAUAUCAUCUUCUAGCACAUAUUCGUGACCCCGAUGUAGCACGCCAGUUAGAACGACAACCUGCCCACAUCUUAGACUCUCCGAUUGUUCAAGUCGCGUUAGAUUUACGAUCGUUGGCCCAGCGGAACAACAUAACGAGUUCACGGCGUGCAGCUAACACAGAGGCCACGCAGAACUUUUUUUCGAGAUUAUUUGCUACAAUUAGGCAGCCGCAAGUGUCAUUCAUGAUGGCUUGUUUAAUGGAGUAUCACUUUGCAGAUAUCCGCAAGGGUGCCUUGAAAGCUAUGAAGUCCUCAUUCCGCGAAGCACACAAGGCCUUCCCUAUCGGCACCUUGACUGAGAUGCUAGGUUUUGAUGAUGAGACUCAAACCGCGUCUUUUGCCUCUGCUUGCAGACUUGAGUUAGUGCUAGAUCCUGCAUCUGCAAUGCCUGUGGGCGUCAAACUUCAUUCGAAGGCGCUCUUUGACGGUAAGCUCUCUGCUAGGGCUUUAGGUUGCAUCUGA